AGAGGCGUAGGGUGGGGCUGCCAGGCUUGUGACAUCAUGCAAGACGGAGGAAGCCCGGUGGGAGACACAGGGACAGGGAAAGUGGUGGCUCAGAGGAUGACUGAAUCACACCCUGAUAUCUGACAGCUCUCUGCUUGGGCGUUCCGGCAAGCCCAUCACAUCUCACUUGCCCUACUCAGAGAGGAAAACAUGUCUCACCCGACACCCGAAAUAAGAAUGUCUAAGCCCCUGGAGGCCGAGAAGCAGAGUCUGGACUCCCCAUCAGAGCACACAGACACCGAAAGAAAUGGACCCGACAUUAACCACCAGAACCCCCAGAAUAAGGCUUCCCCAUUCUCUGUGUCCCCAACUGGCCCCAGCACCAAGGUGGGCAUUCUCUCUGGCCUCCACUUAACAUUCUGGGGUCCCGGACCCUGCCUCUCUCCUCCCCAGAUCAAGGCUGAAGACCCCAGUGGUGACUCAGCCCAGGCAGCACCCCCGCCCCCCCCCCCCCCCCCCCCCCCCCCCCCCCCCCGGGGUCUGAUCCUUUAUGGAGCCAUGCUUGCGGGGGACAUACAGCAACUCCUCCAGCUCCAACAGCUGGUGCUUGUCCCCGGCCACCACCUCCAGCCACCUGCGCAGUUCCUGCUGCCACAGGCCCAGCAGAGUCAGCCAGGCCUGCUACCGACGCCAAAUCUAUUCCAGCUACCUCAGCAAACCCAGGGAGCUCUCCUGACCUCCCAGCCCCGGGCUGCACUUCCUACACAGGGGUUGGCCCUGAACUCCUUGACAAGCGAACAGAGGAAGCUGAAGACUGCUUUGUGUCUCUCUCUGGCAGUUACUACCUUAUCCUCAGCUGUGGGGACGCUCCACCCCAGCCGGACAGCAGGAGGGGGUGGGGGUGGGGGCGGAGCCGCGCCCCCCCUCAAUUCCAUCCCCUCUGUCACUCCCCCACCCCCGGCCACCACCAACAGCACAAACCCAAGCCCUCAAGGCAGCCACUCGGCUAUCGGCUUGUCGGGCCUGAACCCCAGCACGGGAAGCACAAUGGUGGGGUUGAGCUCUGGGCUGAGUCCAGCCCUCAUGAGCAAUAAC